AAAAUAUGUAAACUUUGUGUUAGUUAAAAUGGGAUCAGGCCCUAGUAAUAUUUUGGGGGAUAACAAAUCUACUACACCGGUUCAUGUAGUAACAUUUAAAAUAAAUGGAAAAGAGUAUGUAGUUCACCCAGAUGGAGUAAUUAUUACAGUUAGAACAACACUAAACACAUUCAUCCGAGAUGUGGCAAAUUUGAAAGGUACAAAACUUAUGUGUUUAGAAGGUGGUUGUGGAAGUUGUAUUGCUGUUGUUGAUUAUGAGCAGCCAUUAUCCAAAAGAAAAGUCACAUUGGCUUUUAAUACGUGUCUGGUAACAGUACUUCAAUGUCAUGGAUGGAAUAUAACCACAGUUGAAGGUAUUGGUAAUCAAAAAGAUGGUUAUUCCAUUGUACAAAAACGAUUAGCCGAAUAUAAUGGAUCACAAUGUGGUAUGUGUUCUCCUGGGAUGGUAAUGAAUAUGUUUGCCUUGUAUCAAACCGAAAACAAUUUAACCGAUGCCCAAAUUGAAAAUUCAUUUGGUGGUAAUAUAUGCCGAUGUACUGGAUAUCGAACAAUUGCCGAUGGAUUUAAAAGUUUAACAACUGAUGAUCGUAGCAAUGCAACGCCAACAAAGUGUAGUGGCAUUGUCGAUGUAGAGGAUAUGAAACUCUGUUCAAAAAAUACAUACGAAUGUCUAUUAAAAGAUGUAGAGUCUUUUGCACAAGUAUACAUUAAUAGUGGAUCGCAGCAAUGGUAUAAAGUUUAUACCUUAACUGACUUAUUUGCAAUUUUGAAACAAAUUGGAAGUAUUAAAUAUAUGCUUGUGGCUGGAAAUACUGCACAUGGAGUUUAUAGAACUGAUCCAGAUAUAACAGUUUUCAUCGAUAUUAAUGCAGUUGUGGAAUUAUAUAAAAUAAGUAUUUCGGAUACUAUUAGUAUCGGUGCAAAUACAACUUUAAGCGAUAUUUUAAGAAUUUUCCCUAAAAUUGCUUCACAAAAAUCAAAUUUCAAUUAUUUUGCUGAAAUUGUAUACCAUGUAAAUCUAGUUGCACAUAUUCCUGUUCGAAAUCUUGGAACUAUUGGUGGAAGUUUAAUGUUAAAACAUGAACAUCAGAGGUUUCAAUCAGACAUAUUUCUACUUUUAGAAACAUUCGGAGCGCAAAUAAAUAUUGCAACUCAAGAAGGAGGAACUUUAACAACAGUUACUCCAAAGGAUUUUUUAAAUUUAAAUAUGGCUGGUAAAGUGAUUGUUGAUUUUACUUUUGUUCAAAUUGACAAUACUUAUAUCUAUAAUACUUACAAGAUAAUGCCACGAGCACAAAAUGCUCUCGCAAUUGUAAAUGCUGGAUUUUUAAUGAAAAUGAAAUCUGAUAUGGUCACCGUUUCUUCAGCUACAAUUGUAUAUGGUAAUAUUAACAAAGAUUUUGUCCAUGCCACAAACACAGAACAGUUUCUAGUAGGCAAAAAUUUAUUCGACAAUAGUGUUUUACAACAAGCCAUACAAACUUUGGAGAGUGAAUUACACUGUGAUGAGCAUCCUCCAGAUCCACCGCCGAAAGCACGCCAAGAAUUAGCUAUUGCAUUAUUUUAUAAGUUUGUUUUAAGUAAAGCUCCAAAAGAUUUGGUUGAUCCACGGUAUUUAUCUGGUAAAUAUGAGAUUGAAAGACCAGUAUCAAGUGGUCAACAAAAAUAUACGACGGAUAAAUCUGAGUAUCCAUUAACUGAGCCUGUCCCAAAAUUAGAAGCCAUGGUACAAUGUUCAGGCGAAGCAAAAUAUGUAAUUGAUCAAAAUAUGCUCCGGUAUGAUUUUUUGUACAGUAAACUUAUUUUAGCACAUGCUUUACCUGGAUCAAAAAUUAUUAAAAUUGACAGCACUGAAGCUUUGAAAAUGGAUGGAGUUAUUGCAGUUUAUACAAAAGACGAUAUACCCGGCAUUAAUACAUUUACUCCAGAAUUUGUAACACUAUUGAACGAAGAAAUAUUUUGUGAUGGAGAAGUUAAAUACAAUGGACAACCGGCGGGAAUAAUUGUUGCAAAAACUAAUGAAAUUGCUCGUAAUGCAUCCACAUUAAUUGAUAUACAAUAUUCAGAUCCACCUCAAAGUAAACAAUUUGCAUACACCACGAGAGACGCGCUACAAAUUCCAGGAAAACCUGGAGUAAACCAUAUCAUAACAAAACAUAGAAAGCAAACUGGAAAUGAUGUUCAAAAAGUUAUAAAUGGAACAUUUGAUAUUGGAUUACAAUAUCAUUACACACUGGAAACACAAUCAUGUGUUUGUAUUCCAAUCGAAGAUGGAAUGGAUGUUUAUCCAUCGACACAAUGGAUGGAUUUGGCGCAACUUGGUGUUGCUGUGUCUUGUAAAAUUCCAACUAAAAAUAUUAACGUUUACGUUCGACGAGUUGGUGGGGCGUAUGGAUCAAAAAUUAUACGUGCAAAUUUAAUUACAUGUGCGUGUGCCAUAGCUGCGCAUAACUUGCAAAAACCAGUGUAUUUACGUAUGGAUAUGGAUGAUAAUAUGCAAGCGAUUGGUAAACGAUUUCCAUGCUCCGCGGAUUACGAGGUUGGUGUGGAUAAUAAAGGCAAAAUACAAUAUCUUAAUUUGUCAUUUUAUACAAAUGUUGGUUUCGCAUCAAACGAGAAUGUUUCUUUGGCAAUCGUUGGAGCAAUAUCAAAUGUUUAUGAUGAUACAACAUGGGAGAUAAAGGCUUAUGUUGUUCACACUGAUACUCCGGCAAACUGUUUUUGUCGAGGCCCAGGUACUACUGAAGCCAUAGCAAUGGCAGAAACAGUUAUGGAACAUAUUGGUAGUGUUUUGAAUAUAAGCCCAGCAGAUGUUCGUUUAGCCAAUAUAAGUAAACAAUAUGAUCAAAUCCCAGUUAUAUUAGAUAGAUUUGCCAAAGAGUCCAAUAUUGCAGAAAGACAAAAAGCAGUUGAUGAAUUUAAUAAGAAUAAUCGAUGGAAAAAACGAGGAAUUGGUCUCGGGUUAAUGAAGUUUACAAUUGUGUUCUAUGGAAGUUAUUAUUCGCAUGUGGCAAUUUAUCAUGGGGAUGGAAAUGUUGUAAUUUCUCAUGGAGGAAUUGAAAUGGGGCAAGGAAUAAACACAAAAGCAGCUCAAGUAGCAGCUUCUAUUUUUGGGAUUGAUUUAAGUAUGGUUCAAGUAAAGCCCAGCAAUAUUUUAGUUUCUCCAAAUAAUACAGUUACCGCUGGCAGUACUGGAAGUGAUAGUGUUGUUUAUGCAACAAUGCAAGCGUGUAAACAAUUACUUGCCAAUAUGGAUCCAGUUCGACAAAAAAUGAUUGACCAUGAUUGGAAAAAAUUGGUUCGGGAAUGUAAUUUGUUGAAUAUUGAUUUACAAGCAACUUAUCAAGUAACGCCAAGGGAUAUAAAAAACUAUGAUAUUUACGGUGUAACAUUUUCUGAAGUUGAAAUUGAUUUAUUAACUGGUUUACAUCAAAUAUUACGUGUGGAUCUGCUAGAAGAUGUUGGUGAAAGUUUAAGUCCACUGGUUGAUGUUGGUCAAAUUGAAGGAGCAUUUAUUAUGGGUCUUGGUUAUUGGCUACAUGAAGAUAUGAAAUAUGAUGAGAAUACUGGACAAUUGUUAAAUGUACGUUCAUUAAAAUAUCAUCCACCUGGAUUAAAAGAUAUUCCAAUUGAUUGGCGAAUUCAGUUUAGGCAAAAAUCAGCUAGUGAUGAAGGAGGUGUUUUACGAUCGAAAGCUACGGGUGAACCAGCAUUAUGUAUGUCGGUUUCGGUUGCGUAUGCUAUUCGGCAUGCAUUGGCUGCAGCAAGAAAAGAAAGUGAUCCAAAUUCAGAUCCAUGGGUUAGAAUAUAUGGACCAACAACCCAAUCCGAAAUUUUACUUAGCUCUUUACCAAAUCAUUCGCAAUAUGUUUUAAAUUAAUAAAAAUACUUGG